GAAUGAAUUAAGAACUUUUGGUGAAUCAUGACGCAUGACGUAACUCAUAGAGACGGACGUGACGUCAGCGCGUCAGACUCCGGACCCGGCGAGGAGGAGGUAGAAGUGGAACAGUGAAGAAGAAAUGUCUGAUCUGUUCGUGAAACCAGGAAAUCAAGAGCGAGGCUGGAAUGAUCCUCCUCAGUUUUCAUAUGGUUUGCAGACUCGAGCACAAAUUGGUCAAAAGAAACCAUUUCUCACAAAGAGAGUAAUAGCACCUCAGAUGGAUACAGCACCAAAAGUUUGUGGACCUACUGGAAUUCCCCCUGGAUUGACACCAUCUGGCAGUUCCACACCCAGCCAGCAAAGACUUCCACCUCCACCCAAACUUCCUAGUUUGUCGAACACUUGCCAACCUCUUCAAAGCACAACGGUUAUUUCUGAAUGCAAUGUAAAGGAGGUGGAAGAUGUUUUAACUCCUUUAAAUAAGGCGCUGGAGGCUUGUAGGACAUCAGUUAAGAAGCAAGUUUGUGAUGAUAUUGGCCGACGACUAACAAUACUACAAGACAUGUGGCAAAAUGGAAAGCUAUCUGUAUCAGUGCAAAAGAGGAUGUAUCUGCUUGCACAAGAAAUGGAGCAUUGCAAGUGGGAUUCUGCUGAUGAAAUUCACAGAUCUUUGAUGGUUGACCAUGUAAAUGAAGUAGGACAGUGGAUGGUUGGUGUGAAGCGUCUCAUUGCUGAAACCAAAAAUCUGCCAUCUGACAUUAUUUCCUGUGCUGACAAGGGUUGUGAAUCAGGGAACUAAAUUGUUGAAUUUGUUUACAGUGAUAUGACUGACAACAUUGGCGAAAAAUGCAGUCAGGGAACAAAGUUCUAAGAACAUGGCUACAAGAAUAAAACGAUGCUUGACUAUGGUGUCUGCACUGAGCAAGCAUGAAAAUGUAUUCGGGCUGCACAGUUUCCAAUCUACAGUCAUUGAAAAGAGCUGCUGUUUCAAACUCUUUUAUGGGUGCUCUGUUUGGAAGGCAAAUAUCAGGGUUUCUUUUUCAUCUGCCACAGAAAAUAUGGUCAGGUCUCAUCGCCAUAAGCACCUAGUGGACUUCAAUUAAGGACUUGUACUUUACUUGGCACAUUUUACCAACAUCUAUUUUAAUGAAGUUGCAGUGUAAUUUUAUUGCAUGUGAUUCAAAAACUGCCCACCUGCUGUGAUUUUUUUUGAAAAUAUUAAAUAUUCAAGGUGAAGUGUUGGACUGAAAUACCUUUGUGUUUGCUCUACAUGUGUAAAAUCUGGUUUAUCUAAAAAGAAAAGCACUAUUGGUACGCACAUUUAUUCAUAGCGUGAUAUCUAUUAUAAAUGCAGGAUUGUUGAUGUGAUGGGAACAGCUACAUACUUGACCACACUUCAAGAUGCUUUAUAGGAAAAUUAUAUCCUCUAACUGCAAUCAUUGACCUCUUUCUGUGUUCUAUCUCUGCCUUGAAGAAAGCCUUCCCAGAGUCUUAUUCUCUAAUCUCAAAUCUGCAGUUUAAUAGAACCUGUCAGAUUGUGUUGGCUGUCAACACAAAUGAGACAUUUCACUGUAUAUUUCGAUGUACUUGUGAUCAAUAAAUGAAAUUGAUUCAAGGAACAUACAACAGUACAGCUUGAGAACAGGCCCUUCAGUACAUGCUAUCUUUAUACUUUAUACUUUGUUGUCGCCAAACAAUUGAUACUAGAAUGUACAAUCAUCACAGUGAUAUUUGAUUCUGUACUUUUCUUCAAGCAUUUCCUGGCAAUUUAAUGAACAAGGUGACUUUUGCUGCAUGCUUCAGAGAACUUCACAACUAUUCUUGCAAACCAUUUGUAUCAUCCUUGACUAACUGCAGGCAAAUUGUUUACUUGUCAAUAGUUUCCACCUUCAAUCGUUGUCAAGGCAGAUACCUAUCAUUAAUUAUCUGUUCUAUUAAGUUUUACAAUACAGAAAUUUCUUUUCUAUUUAUUUCUCUUUUGGAAGGGGGUAUAUCGGGUCAGAAGUAGAAUCCAGAACUCAAAUAAAGUGUUUUUAUGGAUGAAGAGUUUUGUCUUUGUAAUCAUGUCUUCAAUUGAAUUGCAGAACAAAAAAUCAAGAUGGGGAUUGGGGAGAGCUUAAGUAUGAAAAUUUUUGUGCCUUAGCUUACUGUGUACUUAAGAAAAAGAUAAAGAGCAAGCUUAUGGCGAUUUCAGAUAUCGAUGUGGGCAGGUGGGAUAAGCUGAGAUGGUCAUUUUAGUCGUCAUGGUAUGGACGAAUUCGACCAAAGGGCCUGUUUCCAGGAUGUAUCACCCUAUGACUCCAUGGUAUAGUUUCCAAUUUAAUCACAUUCAUGGUGUUCUGGCGUGGGGGUUGGGUUGGGAGUUCAAUAUGACAAGGAACAUAACUGUCGCGCAGCUAUGGGCAAACAUUUAUAGUCGAUUUUUGUCUGGAGUUCCACCAGUUGUCUGAUUUUUGGUUUAAUUAUUACAAAAAGGGAAGCUCCACUGGAGCACAGCACUUAUCUAGAAAUGGGUCCAAUAGUGAUUAUUUGAGUGCUCAUCAAUUUGAAACCAAUUAUAUAUAAAGUCAUAUUUAGGUUGCUCAAAUAUGUUUGAGUGAGGUAAAAAUUUAAGCUGAGAUUUAAUUGAAUUACAUCAACUUUGGAAACUCAGUAGGGCAAUCUUUUCAGUGUUAAAGUACUCGUUGCAGAAUUUUCUGCAGAAUGUAUUUAUAGAUAUACAUGACAGAUAUGUUAUCAUAUGCUCUGCUUAAAAUUCCAAAAGUUUGAUCCUUUUAAUACACGUUUCUUGGAUGACCAGUAUCUAUUUGUUGUUUCUGUUCAUUAAGUAUUUGAAAUAUUUUGAAAUCUUAGAUUCAUCUUUAAAUAUAUUUAAAUGAUUGACCUGAGUGUUGACUGUCACUACCAUGUAACCAUGAUAGUAUGACCAUAACUUUUUAAACUGAAGUUCAUUUUUAUGUAUGCUCAUAACUUUCUGUGGCUGAGUAGCCCGGGUGAAGGUGCCCAGAAGAAAUCAGCAACAGAUAUGUGGAUAAAUUCAAAAUUGUUCUAUAUAUACGGCUCGCAAAUUCCAUUUCAUUUUGCAAUUAGACUUUAAAACACCCUCUAUUAUUAAGCACUGAUUCUUGAGAACUUGAAUAAAACUCAUUUUAAUUUUGAAAAGAAAAAAUGUGAAACGUUAAGAAAUCUAAACUUACAUGUUUAUAGAACAAGGUCUCAGCAAUCAAGCAAUAUUUCGGUGCAACCUCCUGAUUUUGUAAUUUUUUCAUAAAAUAUGUUUUUCCUGUCAUUACUUAGUUUUUGUCAACACAGUCAGACAUAAUAAAAAGCUAAUUAUUCCUAUUUAUUUAGUCUUGUAUAGAUAUGGAGCUUUUAAAUCAUUCUGUCUACACCGUAGG